CACAUAGAAAAAAAAAGGCAUGAUGUGGCAGUGGAAAGGAAGAAAGAAAAAGCUAAAAGACAGAAUAAGAACUUCCACGGUGAUAUACAAAACAGUCGCCAUGAAAUAUGGGUGUCACGAAAUGGUGUUAUCAAGUCAGAAGAAACAACUAUUGAUGAUAAUUUUAGAGAUGACGUGGACCUUACAAAAUUGUCACCUGUAGAGUUGAACAAGAGGUUUGUUCUCAGCUUUCUACAUGUCCAUGGCAAGCUGUUUACUAAGAUUGGAAUGGAGAAAUUCCCUGAAGUGGCUCAUAGUAUGUUAGAUGAAUUUCAGACAUUAUUACAACAUUGUCCAUCACCAUUGGGUAAUACUAGACUUUUACAAUUGAUGGCUAUUAAUAUGUUUGCUAUACGUAAUACCGCACUCAGAGAUCCUGCAUCAGAUUGUGUUAGAUCUUUCAUCCAGGAACAAGCUAUUCAGCUGGGCUUAGAUAUGUUUGGUCUUGUAGUAUCCAGAUGUGUUGAGCUACUCAAAGAGAAUGACAGCAGUUUUGAUAAUAAGAAUGGCCUUCAUUCUGAUGAUCUUCAUGAAUAUUUACCAAGUAUUAAGAUAUGGACAGAUUGGAUGGUAUGUCAUCCGCAGUUGUGGAACCCACCACCCGACUGCUGUGCCCCUGAACACAGUAUAUCUGUAGAUGUAUGGCUCUCACUGGCAGAGUUUGCCAAUUUAUUAAAAGCUGUUGAUAUAUCCAAAGUUACGAUCAUUCAAGAAUUUAAAGAAGGUUAUGACAGUGUUGUAGUGCCAGAGGAUGUUAUGAUGUCGGGAUUUGUACCUCUACUCAGUUUAUCAGUAGAACCACAUUACAUUGAUAAACAAACAGACAUGCAAUUGGCUGAGGACUGUGUGCGCAUAUCACAAUUAUUGUUAUUUUGUGAAUAUUUAUGUGGCGUGGAUAAUCCCUUAUUAGCGUACAGUGUUGAGAAACAUUGUUACAUUUCAAUAGGACCAACUAGAGCACAGAGUGAGAAAGUUGACAAUGAGAAAGACUUGAUUAAUAGACUAUCACAGGAAGAUGACGAUGAUGUAAUAAUAGAGAGUAGUGGAGAUGAAGGCAACCUAGAGAAUACAGAUGCUACUAAUAUUGGCAGAUUGAGAGCACAAAAAGACGCAUUAACAAAAAGAGUAAAAGAAGUACAGAGGAGAGAACAACAUAUUAAGGCAGUUGUUGAUAGACACAGUAGUGCCAGACCAAUUGAACUCGAGGUCCAUCCUGUACAUCUUGUUCCAGAUACCAAUUGUUUUAUUGAUCACUUGAAAGGAAUCAAAUCAAUUGUUGCUUGUACACUUUAUACAUUAGAAGUCCCAUUAGUUGUCAUCAAUGAACUUGAUGGUUUAGCCAAGGGUAGUAGAGAAGGACAGUUUGCUGAUUCUAUGCAUGCACAGCGAGUACAAGAAGCAGCAAAUGCUGCGGUCUCUUUCUUGGAAGAUGAGUUUGAAAGGUAUAACAACAGAAUGAGAGCAGUGACAAGUAGAGGUUCCGUACUUGACACCAUUGCAUUCAGAAGCGAAGAUCCACAAGGUCAAUUGGGUAACAAUGAUGACAUCAUUUUGUCAUGUUGUUUAUUUUAUUGUGAUGAUAAAGCGAGAUCAUUUAUGCCACAUAACAAAGAUGACCCAAUCAAACUACACAGAGAGGUGGUGCUCCUGACAGAUGAUCGCAAUCUUAGAGUGAAAGCACAUACACGUAAUGUACCCACUAAGACAGUCCCUAACUUCCUUCAAUGGGCAGACUUAGUGAAGCGCUGAAAGCCGAUGCUCACCUGUGUUGCAUGGGUAUUACACAAAGCUAAUAGCGACCAAGAUGAGAUUCCUGAUCUCAAGAGCUAUGAGAGGAAAAGAGACACAAGCGAAGCGAUGGAUUAUUUAAGCAUGAUGUUCCUAUCUCUAAUAAUAUUUUCAUCAAUUUUUUUUCUCAUUGUUUGAAAUAGCAAUAUACUUUUCUGCUGCCUAGAAAAAUGUAAUUUGUUCUAAUAAGUGGAGAUAGUUUUGAGUAAAUCAAUUUGUUUUUAAACUUUUCUUGAAGAAGAUAUGAAUUUCCAGUUCACUUUAAUGACAGUCAUCUAACUAGUCUAGGUUUAUGUGCACCCAAGAAUUAACAUCUGUACAAGUAGGUAUCUUUGGUAAUUUAGGUUAGCCAAGGAAAAAAAUCUGCUUCUCAUGUAAUUUACAUUUUUUUUAAAAUCUUUUUUAAUGACUUUGGGAAAGACAUUGGAUGCAACUAACACAAAACAAACACUGUAAUUUUGAUCAGGAUGAGAAAUUUUCACUGCAAAUUACACUUGAACCACUUGUCGACAACUUGUGCCUGCAAAAUUGUAUGUAUUUUGGCAGAUAUGACAAAACCAUUUUUUCCCCCUUGCCUUAUAGUAGUCAUUGUGUUUCAUUCUUUCUGAUCUAUACCAUGGCAUCAAGGGAAUAAUUAAAAUAAAUAGUAUUAUUAUACAUCUGUCAUUGUAACGCCAUAAUUACAGCGUGUCGUAAUUUUGCGGGGUAUUUUCAUCCUACCAUACAAGGAAAUGUGAAUUCCAAAUAUGGAAUGAUUAUGCGCGUAAGCGUCCUCUAAUAAUAAAAACAAAUAUGAUUGACCGGACUCUGUUCUAAACAUUUUGGGUUUCGGCAUUCCCAUGGUGUAUCAUUGGAAGGAAAGAUGUAUAAUAACAAUGUUAUUAUGAGGAUAUCUCAAAGUAUACACGAAGACUGUACAGCUGGAGUAUCAACCAACGUGCAGCAGAGGUCGAUGCAUGACGUACUGUCUGAGUGCAUACUUUGAGGUAUCUUCGUAAUAACCUUAUAUCAUUAGCAUUCACUGUUAAACUACACAAUUAUACGGUACAUCUGCCUAGCACAGAGUAUAAAUGUAUGUGCAUUUGAAUGAUGUAUGUACCUUACAAAUGAAAGAAGCAUGGUGAGCUUGCAAGAAUGCUUACCAUAACAUGUGACUAAACCUGACAUCCAGGUGUUGAAAAGCUCUUGUACUACAUGAUCAGAAUCAAAUGUAAACAAGUUCGGUUGAUGUUUCUGAUCUUAAUAUGUGUAACUUAGUGUAAUCCAAACGGAAAUAUGCAUAAUU